AAGUCAAGAAAAAGAAAACGCAACAAAGUGUAUCAAGCAAAGUCAAUAGCUCAAGGAUAGUUCUGUUUUGAUUGGAUAUUUAUUUUCCUCAGCUCGGAAACUCCCGCUCGUUAGCGGCCGAUCGGCAUGGGGAGAGAUUGGAAAGCGGCCCUCAUCACACUUGGGAUCUUUGCACUCGCUGCUGAUGCUGCCGUAAACGAGUCCACGCCGCGACAACAUCGGUAUAGUUACGGGCAGCUCAAUGCCACCCAAGCCCCUCCGCCGACUCUGCCGCCGGCCCCCCGGAGAAGCCCUCAGCUAGACAGACAUCACGAGGCGCAUCUAAUUCGCAGCUCAGUCAUCUUCGGCCUGACCAAAGCCGCCAACGAGAGCAAUGUGAAUGGCGCGUGCCACACCCAAAUGCAGCAGGUGCAGCGGGGCAUACUCAGCCGGCAGCCGUGGGCCAUGAAAGUGCUCGACGCCUCUGGGACCAAGCCGUCGGGCUUCGUGUUUGGCCAGAACUACUGGCUGGGCAGCAGUGCGGCUUGCAAAGGAGUUCAGCGUCCGGUGGGUAUCACUCUCUCGAGGAACUACGAGCGGGUCAUGCACUACGGCAUUCUGACUCAAAGCGCCCCCUUCGAGAUGGACUACCGGAUGAUCUACAUGCGGCACAGCUCCCCCUGGCAGGUGGAGAUUAAGCUGAUGUCUGAACAGAUCCUUCACAUCGGUCUCUGCCUGCCGAAGGCGUGCGCGUCUGAGGAGGUGAAACAGCUGGCCAGGGAGUACGUGGCCGAUGGUAGCUUCAUCGAGAACGACAUCUUCGACAUGCGACCUGAGGUGCUCUAUAUGAAGGAUCUGAACCUGAGCAAGCGGUUCUUCCAGCGAGCGUCCUUCAAGCUUAUGGUGGCCUCGCUCCUGGUCACUGGAGCUCUGACGCUCUGUGCCCAGCAGCUGCGCGUAGCAAAGCGUGGGGAUGAGCCCAAUCCCGGACUGGCGCCAGUCGAAUCGGAGCUGUGGCAGGCUCUGGACACCGUCCUGAAGUGGCAGCCAUUGCAGCGUCUAGUAUCCUGCUACGAUAUGCCCAGCAAUUGGAGGAAGAUCUUGGCCACCAGGGACAACAGUUCCGGAGAGAUUCCCAUCAUGAAUGGACUACGUUCGGUGUGCGCGUUCUGGAUCCUGGUCUUCCAUGUGGUUUGGUACAUGUACUUCACUGUUCACAACAAGACAGUGCUCCUCUCGUACGCUGAGAAGGCCUUCUUCCAGUACGUCUCCUCGGCUCCCCUCCUGGUGGAUGUGUUCUUCACCAUCAGUGGCUUCCUGCAGACCUACAACUUCCUGCGUAAUGUCAAGCUAAUUGAGUCAGUGCGUCGCAAUGGCCUAUUCGGCAAUGCCAAGCUCCUCGGCAAGCUGCUGUUCCACCGAUACCUGAGGCUGGGCCCCCUCUAUCUCAUUGUCAUUGCCAGCGUGGACCUGGCAUUCGCCUACAUGGGAGACGUUUCUCUCUACCACAUCAACGAGCGGUACGAUGAGCUGUGCACUCAGCACUGGUGGAGGAACUUGCUUUUCAUCCAGAACCUCUUUGAUCACCGCGAGCUCUGCGUCAACUGGAGCUGGAGCUUGGCCUGCGACAUGCAAUUUUUCCUAGUGGCGAACCUCAUUCUCUUUGUCUAUGCCAGACAUCCGAAAGUGGCCAAGCUGUUAACGAUCAGUGGACUGCUGGCCACCAUCACCUGGUCCUAUGGCAUUGGUAUCAACAACAAGUUCGAGUUCUCCUUCGACGCCACAUACGCCACCGGUACCCAGAUCUAUACGAAUCCCAUUGUUCGCGUCCUACCGUACAUUAUUGGGGCCAUUGCAGCCUGGUGCCUGCUGGAGCGGCGGUUUCAGGUGGAGCUGAGUGAGCAACAGACGCGCUGGCUCUGGCACUGCUCGUUAAAUGUAUUUAUAUCUUGCAUUUACGCGACUGUCAGGCGGGAUCUGGGCCGUCUGCUGACCACCUCACUGUUCGUGCUGGGACGAGGGAUCUUCUCCCUGUCCGUGUGCUGGAUGAUUCUGGGCAGUGCGACGGGCACUGGUGUGUGGUGGUCGCGCAUGCUUGAGGCCAAGUGCUUCCAGCAUCUGAAUCGACUCUCGUAUGCUAUUUACCUGGUGAAUCCGCUGGUGAUUAGCUUCACCUAUAGUCUGACCAGUGCCAGCACAGACGCGGAUCCCUUCAUGCUGUCCGUCGUGUCCUGUGGCUUCACUCUGAUUGUGUACCUCGUUUCCAUCGUUCUCUCCUUGGCGUUUGAGGUGCCCUACAGCAAUCUGUCGAGCUUGUUGCUGCGGCCCAGCAGUCGGCAAAAAAGCGCAUAAACUGUGAUUAUCUGUAAUUCUUCUAAGUCAAUUGUUAAUAAGAAAUUCUAGCUCAUACGCAAAGUCCUUUUG